CCUGACACAAUACGGCUACAACCUCGCAGGGCCAUGUAUCCUCAAUUAACUCAAAUUACAUAGCCUAAUUGCAUGACCACAUGAACUUAAGCGGAAUUCGAUGAGUCUAACAUUGAUCAGGAGAUGCCAUCAGCUUAAUGUCUUGACGGAUUGAUGUAGAGCUGCGACAGGAUACCAUACUUCGACGAAGCCAAUCCGCAGAUGUAGUCGGUGCGCGUCAAUGGGCGUCGGAGCAGCCGCCGGCAAUUCACCGGUGACGUCCUUCGGGCCGUCAUAGCGCCUUCUUAAAUCGGGUUUAGGGUUUCUGAGCUAUCAGGUGAGAGUGAGUGAGUGACCACAACGUGAAGGUGUGGGAUUCUAUCCCCUUCGAAUCCGGUCUAGGCAGUUAGCCCAGCCGAGAUCACAACAAACAGGCCAGACCAGCAACCGGCAACCGGCAGCUUAGCACUGCACCGGCCGGAUCCUGCAUUCCAGCCUAGCCACAAGCCAGAGCAUCGCUGCUUAUAAAGUCCCAACUCCCAAGCCUGCUUCUGAGAUGUACUGGGUUCGAGCAUUGCAAGCUUGUUGCCAGGCUUAAGGCCCCGAGUUUUCGAGCGGAUUAUAUUGUUUCCUGCGUUGCAGGUAGCCACUGAAGGGUGCCUUUCGCGCAUAUAUGGAUUCCAAGAAGCUCGCGCUCCGGCCGAUCUCCACCAAGAAAGUCGAUGGCAGCUUUGGCGGCAAGGCGGCGGUGGCGAGGGAGCGGUCGAGCCUGGCGAACGCGUCGUUCCGGGUGUACUACAGCCUGCGCGCCGGCGCCGUGCCGUUCCUGUGGGAGUCCAAGCCCGGCACGCCCAAGAGCGGCGCCGGCGCCACGGCCGCCGUCUCACCAGCCGAGAUGUCAAGCACCACUGCUGAACUACUGCCACCGAUAUCGCCGCCGCCGUCAUACCAGUCGUCCCAGCUGAAGGGCAGGAGGAGGUGCCGGCCGAGGUCGUCCUGGCCGGCGGCCGGCGUCCUGAGGGCGCUACUCGGGGUGCUCGGCCUCAGGAAGAGCCACCGCCGGUCGCAUGGCCCGCCCACCUCGGAUCUUUGAGGUGACGACUGCAUUGUUCUACAUGGCUUUGGACAUGAAGAUUAAUUUCUUGUGCUCUCACAAAAAAAAAGUUGCUGUGGAAUUAUUAUUAUUAUUUUUGCUUUUGCGACAGCAUAAGCAGAAAAGUUACUUAUUGAUGUAAUUAGCAUGUAAAUUAAGGGGUAAUUAGCUCCGUACUUAACUUU